AUGAACAUUUGGUCCAUUAUCUCGUUAUCCAUUGCAAUUGCUGCAUCAUACUAUUAUUAUUUUCAUAGUACCAAGCUUUUAAACGCGGAUCCUACUAAUAUCAGCAAGGUUUCAGAUUCAAACAAUACUAAAAUGUCUACAACUGCAGGAGUUUCGAGUGUGCCCAAAACAAUUAUCAAAAAUGCACAUCCAUUCCCCACAUAUUUCUUUAGUCACGGUGGACCCACAUUCAUGUACGAAGAUGACUCGUUUGGUGAUAAAGGAGCAUGGAAUAAAAUCAAGAAAAUCGGUACCCAGAUCAAACAAAAAUGGAAACCCGACUUUAUACUAGUAGUCUCAGCUCAUUGGCAGAGCUCAAGACCAAAUUUGAUUGAAAUCAAUAGAGUGAAGAACAAAACUUUGGAGAAUCCAUUGAUUUACGAUUUCUAUGGGUUCCCCAACCACAUGUACAAAGAAGAAUUUCACUCCACCAAUGAUGAAUUUAUAGCUGAAGCUGUGAAGCAGGAACUACAAGCUAAUGGAUUUGAGUCCAAAGUUGUUGAAAGAGGUAUAGAUCAUGGCGUUUGGGUUCCUUUCAAAGUUGCAUUUAGCGACUACAAUACACAAACUAGGCCACAGCCUGAGGUCAAGGGUCUCGAUGUUCCUUGCCCCGUGAUUCAGAUCUCGCUCACGUCGAAUGACAACGAUUUUGAUGCACAUUACAAAUUGGGAAAAGUGCUCAAUUACUUUAGAGAAAACUCUAUAUGGGAUAAGAGACAAAACAAGUAUCUUUCAGGUAUGGUGAUCUGCUCUGGAAUGUCAGUGCACAACUUGAGAGAUUUGGGUGUUGCAUUUAGAAUGCCCGGCGGAGUUAUGCCUUAUGUCAAGCCAUUUAACCAAAAAUUGACUCAAUUGUUGGAACAAGAGAAAGGCGACGACUUGAAGAAAGGGUUGUUCAACUUACAAUUGGAUCCGCUUUUGAGAAAAGCUCACCCUACUUUAGAACAUUUCUUACCCGUUGUUGUUGCAGGAGGAAUAGCUGAUAAAUCAGGCGACAAGAUCAAAGAGUUGUACAAUGCCGAGUUGGCAAGUCUUGGUUGGGGGAUCUACCAAGUUGGAGACUCGCCAAGCGUGAAGAUUUAG